AUGCCUCUCAUCGCGCAGAACCCCAAAGACCGAGUCAUCCUCGGAUUGAUGACAUUUGGUCCCGACGAGACCAGCGGUGCGCGCAUCACAGAAUUCGAUGAAUUCACCAAGCAUCUCGACUACUUCCAAUCCCAGGGCUACGAUGAGAUUGACACGGCGCGCAUGUACGUUGGCGGCAAGCAAGAGGCAUGGACGCGCCAGGCGGGGUGGAAGGACCGCGGCUUUACUCUCGCCACCAAGGUGUAUCCUUAUGAGGCUGGCGUUCACAAGCCCGACAGGCUGAAGGAGCAUUUCGAAACUAGUCUCAAAGAGCUGGGGGCGGACUGCGUGGAUAUCUUCUACCUGCAUGCGCCGGACCAUUCCGUGCCGUUCGAGGAGACACUCGGUGCUGUGAACGAGCUGCACAAGCAGGGCAAGUUUGUCAACUUGGGUCUCUCGAACUUCGCUGCAUGGGAAGUCGCAGAGGUGUACAACAUUUGCAAGGAGCGAGGCUGGGUGAAGCCGACCAUUUACCAGGCCAUGUACAACGCAAUUACCCGCGCCAUCGAACCCGAGCUCAUCCCAGCGUGCCGCAAAUACGGCAUCGACAUCGUCAUCUACAACCCCCUAGCCGGCGGUCUCUUCUCCGGCAAGAUCAAAUCCAAAGACAUCAAGCCCGACGAAGGUCGUUUCGGCACCAAAGCAGACCGCGUAGGAAGCAUGUACCGCGACCGAUACUUCAAAGACGCCACUUUCCAGGCUCUGAAGAUCGCUGAAGAUGCUGCACAGAAGCACGACCUGACCCUACUCGAGAUAGCGCUGCGAUGGUGCGUUCACCAUUCCGAACUGAAGACCCGAGUCAAGGGCGGCAACGACGGUGUGAUCAUUGGUGUUAGCAGCUUGAAGCAGUUGGAGGGCAAUCUUGCGGAUUUGGAAAAGGGCCCGCUGCCUGAUGAUGUGGUGAAGGCGUUGGAUGAGGCUUGGAUGGCUGCUAAGGCUACGGCGCCGACUUACUUCCGGUAG